AUUACAAGUUUCAACAUGGAUGUGACCAGUUCAUCCAAAAUACAAACAUAGAAUUUAUAAACACCAUGUACAGCUGUCCAACUGUACAGUUUUCAACAGAACAUUUGACAGUCCCAGAUCUUCUGGACUAGAAUUCAAGAAUCCGUAGCCAUACGUCAUAUAAGACAGCCAAAAAUAUUGAGAUCAUAGAAAACUGUUGAUAACAUCCCAGUGCCUGGCAAAAUGGGUAAAGGUACUAGAACCACUGUGACCAGACCUGGAGUCAGUAGGCACUCCAGUCUGAGGGAAGUGCUUGUUGAAUGUGCCAAGACCUUCGGACUGGUGCUGUUCUAUUACUGCUUCUCCAUCUCUAUAACAUUCUACAACAAAGCUGUGCUAAAGGGCUUCCACUACCCCCUCUCCAUGACGAUGUGCCAUUUUGCGACCAACUUUGUGACAGCAGGGGUAGUGAGGAAGGUAAUGCAGGUAUACACUGGGGAGAAACGUGUCACACUGAGCUGGAAACAGUACAUUCACAGAGUAGGGCUGACAGGUCUUGCAAGUUCCAUGGACAUUGGGUUGUCCAACUGGAGUUUCCUGUAUAUAACUGUGUCUUUGUACACCAUGUCAAAGUCAACCUGUAUCAUCUUUAUACUGGGGUUUGCUAUUCUUUUUAAGCUUGAAAAGCCGAGAUGUUCAUUAGUGAUAGUGAUUCUGUUGAUAGCAGCUGGUCUGUUCAUGUUCACCUACAAAUCCACACACUUCAACCUGGAGGGUUUCAUCCUGGUCAUGACAGCGUCUGUUCUUGGGGGUCUGAGAUGGACCCUCACACAGAUACUCACACAGAAGCAGGAAAUAGGUCUCCACAACCCUAUAGAUGUGAUCUAUCAUCUGACUCCAGUCAUGAUGGUGGGGCUGUUUCCUCUCAUGGUCUACAAUGAAGGACUGCCUAUCUCCCUAGAGGAGCAGCUGUUCAGAUAUCACAGUUUACACAUUGUGAUGCUGACAGUGGGGAAGAUCAUGCUGGGAGCCACGCUAGCCUUCAUGCUGGGCAUGUCAGAGUUUCUCCUCCUACAUCAUACCUCCAGCCUCACACUGUCUGUGUCAGGGAUAUUCAAGGAAAUCUGGACAUUGUUGAUUGAUCACUUCUUGAAUGGUACAGAGAUGGCACCUGUGAACAUCAUUGGCUGUAUCAUCUGUAUAGCAGGGAUCACCCUACAUGUGGUUUUGAAGGCAACACACUCAAAAGAGAAUACAAAGCCUUCUGAAGAGACCAGGCAGAACCCUAACAGUCUGGAGAUGCUGAUCAUCAAUGGAGAUGCCAACCCUGGAUCAGAUGAAGAGGAAGAAGAGGAGGUUAUCUACGCACACAGAUAGUGAUCAGCCAACAGCUCUCUUGUGCCAUUCUGGCCAGCAGAGACAAACUGGACACACUUGCUGCUCUGCUGCUGCAUCAAUCAUCAACUAGGGACAGUUUAGCAAUAUUCAAGGGAAGAAUGAUGAGGUUAUGAGACUCUGCCCUAUUACAUCAGCCUGCAUGGAGAAAGGAAAGAGAGAAGAAAGACUUGUAAGAAUGACUUGAAAUUCCAAAGAAGUGCAAUGAUAACAGUGGAGCUGCCUUGGUCUGACAUAAUUAAUGGUGCUACAUUCCAUGUAUGUUUCACAACAAACACAACACAUCCUGUUCUUUCCAUACUUUUACUAAUGGAAAACGAGAGAACGUAUGAAUGCGGUGGUCUGUGAGGGGCAUGAAAGAUAAAGCCCAGUCCAUCAAAACUGUUUGAAAUUUGUGCUGAAACUUGUGAGAAAAUUGCCAGGACACAUUGCCUCAGUUUUUAUCCCAUGUACUUAGUAGUCUACCCCAAAAUUGGCAGUCACACCCAGUACAUAAACACAGUAACAACUCUAUAUGACCAAAGAUGUGUAAAACAUAAUACUGCCCCCUCCACUUCUAUGUCUCCACUAUCUUACUAUCAGCCCAUGCGUGUUGAAUGUCAAUUGUCCAGUAAAGAACUGUGGCAAUGUAUUGAAGUUGGAAUUUACAGUGAAAAAUGGUAUGGAAAUGCCACAGAAAUGCCCUGCUUUAUAGAAAAGUGAGGACAUUGUUUUCUACACUGCUAAAUGAUGUAUUGAGCUGAUUUUGGAAUGACCUUCGCCAGUGAAACACAUGAGUUUGAUGUAUCGCUUAUCAAGGAGCUUCAAAUUCUCUCCUUGCUAUUAUAGAGUAGAACUCAUAAAGUGGAUUAUAUGAUUGAAGUCACUGUGAGAUUUUUUUACAUGUUUAACUGUUGGCUUGUUUCUGGUUACAUUCACUUAUGUUUUCUCACAGAUAUUCUUCCUAAUACAGUGAAUACAAAUAGCCAUGACAUACUUUCAUUGUUCUGAAACAUGGACCACUCUUUUGCAAUGAAGAUAUGAUGAUGCACAAACUGACAAAUAUUUCAUCAAUCUCUCAUUUUAAUUGGAUUCUUUUAGACCAUGACAGGGCUUUCAAAAUUCCAAGGAGAUAUGCCAAUUCAUCACAGCUUAAUGGUACAGUCAGAAUGUGCAGUGCAUACAUAGAGAAAAUACAGUACAAUGUAGUAGUGAUUAUACCGUGAGAGUAAUUAUCUGUGCCAUUUAUCAUUUUAAGUACAAAGUUAUUAUGUUUACAAACCCAGCUCUCGGUGAUAAACAAGGUGAAAAUUGUAUGAAAUACAACUUUGAUAAUGGGGAGUGUUUUGUGCAUACAAAUGUUACUACAUGUUUAAUGUUCCAUAAAAUUGUUCAAUGAAUGAAAAUUAUAUGAAAUACAACUUUGAUAAGGGAAGUGUUAUGUGCAUACAAAUGUUACUAUAAUGUUCCAUAGAUUUGUUCAAUCAUUGAUGCUACAUGUAUGUACUGUAUAUAUCAAAAGUGUUAGAUUUAUUUGUAUAUAAUAAUUAAUGGAAAAUAAAGUAUUGGCAUUGAAAUUCUUUCUAUUUGAAUUAUGAUGGUCAGCUCAGUUAGUCUUGCAGAAUUUCCUUGGUGCUGGAAAAUUACCCAGGAAUCUUAUUUCAUACCUCAUUGGCUGCUGAUUGCUGAGUGACAUCACAUCUCAACCCACUCACUCACUCAUCCUCCUCCUGCUCACAUCUAUGGCGAGAAGAUCACUCCUUUUCUUGUAAGGAUUAAUCAAACUGCUGAGAAAUUGUUCUUGAGGGGAUUGUACUAGGAGAGGGGUGAGUUAGAGGGGAGAGAGGGCCUUGAAAGGUGGUACAUCUAUCUGCAAAGCAGUUUCAGCCAAGUGUUUAGCCUGGUGACUACAUCUACACUAUGACCCGUUUUUCAUGUGAUAAUUUUCGUCCUAUUCAAGGAGGUUAUAGGGCUAUAACCUUUCAACAUCAUAACAUUUCAACAUCGACGAUUUUGACUUCUUCAACACCUGUACAGACAAAAUGAGAAGUCACCCAGAUACUAAAACAAGUGACAGAAGAAAUAGGAGUACAUGCUCAUUGUAACUGUCACAGGAAUAGUAUCUUUAUUUCAUACUUCGCCUCGUCGUUUUGGCUGCACAUUUUAGCU